AUGGCCACAUGGGGCCCACUCGAUAUAUGGGCCUGCUCCCAGCCAGGUUUGGCCUGCGGGGUGGGAGCGCGGCGUGGACGUGGCGGGACAGAUGGGUUGGCGGGCGCGGUGGCGUUGCCCCUUGUUCCGCGUGAGCUGCCGCAGGUCUUCUCCUUCCUGGAGGCGCGAGACCUGCUCUGCGCCGCCCAGGUGGACAAGGUCUGGUAUGAGGUUUCAAAGACCAAGGACCUGUGGAGGCAGCUGUGUCUGAGAUGCUGGUCCUCGUGUAAGGCCUCCCGGAUGACGCUGGGCACGCAGACCUGGAAACAGUAUUAUCUCUGCCGGUCCGAGCUGGAGUUCCGCAUGGAAUCGGGACGGCCAGAGAAGGACUUCACCUGCAAAGCCCUUGCCAGGCACAAAGGUAGGGGACGGGGAAUGUGGUAGCCGUGUGCCUCCCACUGCUCACUCUCCCUGGUUGAGUCUCAUGGGAUUUGGUGUUUCAGCCAAUGAAUUGGAAAAUGCCACUUGAGGAGCACAUGCCCUGCCAGGUUCUAUAUCUGUGUUAUAUCACUUGAUCCUCACAGUAACCCAGUGAAGAAGGGAUUACUCCAUCUAUUUCAGAGUAGAGAGAAACAAAGAGUAGGGAGCUGUUUGC